CCUUGUUAUUACCGAGGAUUGAAACGGCUAUGAAUUCCCGAUCAUUAUUAGUUGUUCUCGUCGUAUUAUUAUUCACUGGAGAAUUAUGCCAGUGCGAAGAUAGCAGCCUUCUUUCUAGACUAUCCAGCUCGAUCAUGCACAGCUUGAUGCAAACGCGCUUCUGGAUGGACCUUUGCGAUUGCCCGAAACUGGACAGACCCACCUGCGGAUCCAGAGGCAACGACCUCGUCACCUACACGAAUCGCUGCUACUUCGAGUGCGCCCGAUCGCAGGACCCCGCCUGGGCGCUCGUCUCCUCAUCGCCCUGCGACCACCGCAUCCCCUGAACCGCUCCCGCGCCAUUCGAUUACUUUGUAACCGACUUUAUAUAAGCGAGCUAUUGGCAAUAAACUGGUUCGUUGUAGAUGAAUUCGUGUUCCGUGUACGUUUUUCGUGUUGCAGCUGCAGACUCUCGCCAAGAAGGUGGUGACUGGCAUCCAGGAGGUGGCCUGCAGGAGCGGGAUGUGCUCCAGGUCGAAGCCCGAACUGUAUGUUGAUGUUUAGGACGGAAUAAACUGGUUUAACUUGU